AUGUCUGCCUCCGAGACUACGAAACCAAUUGGUGCUGAGAGCUUCCCCGACUCUCACUCGGUGUCCGGCUCGUCCGAUACCAGCAACGAGGAGGGCUGGGAAGAUGUUGAAGCCGAUGAGGAGUCGCAACCCGUGGUUGGGCUGUUUUCAGAGCAGGUGUUCCCUGAUGCACGGUCAAUGCUGAAGGAAUGCAAGGAGAAGUACAACUUCGACUUGUUGAAGAUCCAGAAAGACUUUGAUCUGGAUUUCCUUGACAGCAUCAAACUGGUCAACUACGUUCGCAGCGAAGUGAAGAGCGGGAACAACAACCCCGAUGUUUCAUCUAAGUCCAAGUUUGAGGACGAUGCCUACCUCAAGCCCGUUUUGGAGGACGACGCUCUUCUGUACAGCUUGGAUGAACUUGCUGACGACCAAGGCGAGGAGUCGGUCCCUACCACCGAAACCAACCGACAAGUCAACGAACUUCAAGAGAAGCUGGAGCAAUUGCAAACUCAGUUCUCCGAAUACCGCCUAGCUGUGCAGAAGUCUAUGGAUGAUCAAUUGUCAAAGGAGGACGAGAAACUCGCCGAGGCUACCCCGAAGCCCUCAGCGCACACCGUCGAUAGACUCCAGGAGGCCGAUGACGGUUACUUCGUCUCGUACGCUUACAAUGCCAUCCACGAAUCCAUGCUCAAGGAUGCUGUCCGUACUGAUUCGUACCGCGACUUUGUCUACGAGAACAAGAAUGUUUUCAAGGACAAGGUUGUCCUUGAUGUCGGAUGUGGAACUGGUAUUCUGUCUAUGUUCUGCGCCAAGGCUGGCGCAAAGAAGGUCAUUGCCGUUGACAACUCGAACAUCAUUGAUCGGGCUAAGGAAAUCGUCCACGACAACGGACUCGGUGACGUGAUCACCUGUAUCCGCGGCAAGAUCGAAGAAGUCACCCUUCCCGUCGAGAAGGUUGAUAUCAUCAUCUCCGAAUGGAUGGGUUACGGUCUGUUGUUCGAGGCAAUGUUUGACUCCGUGAUCUAUGCCAGAGAUCGCUACCUUGUUCCUGGUGGUCUCAUGGCUCCCUCGCACGCCACCAUGCGCAUUGCCCCCUAUGCCGACCCUGACUUCAUCGCAUCGCACAUUUCUUUCUGGAACAACGUUUAUGGCUUCAAGAUGGACAGCAUGCUUCACAAGAUCUACGACGAGGCAGUCGUCCGCAGCAUCCAGCCUCAAUCUAUUGUCGGAGAGUCCCAAAUCUUCUUGACGCUCCCGCUGCACACCAUCACUGUCGAAGAACUGUCGUUCCUCAAGGAGUUCCAGGUUAAGUUGGACCAGGAUAUCGAUGCCCUGGAUGGCUGGGCCAUUUGGUUCGAUAUCUUCUUCAUGCCAUCCAGCGAAUCUGUCCUUCCUGAAAAUGCGAUUCCCUCGGAAAUGUCGAAGAAGGGUAUUGUUUCAUUCACUACUGGGCCUCACGGAACCGAGACGCAUUGGCAGCAGACCGUUCUUCUCAUUGACCAUGCCAAGGACAGUGCUAAGCAAGGCUCUCAGUCCCUGAAGAAGGGCCAAGUCCUCACUGGAAAGGUCGGCUAUGAGAAGACUGAGAAGGGCUCUCGCGGAGUGGACAUCAGUGUUCAGUGGGAGUCUGACAGCAACGAAAAGGGCGUCCAACUUUGGAGUCUCCAGUAA